AUGGCACAAUCUUCAGAGCCCGCAUAUAUCGACAUCGUCAGGCGGAAACAAGCCCAGCUGGAAUCUGGCAUCCCCGCCGAAUGGAGACUCCCAGCCCAUCUGGUUCCCGGCGGGAUGCUGUCCCUGGCGGAUUCCAUUACCAAUGCCAAACAAUACCAAAGGGCCAAUGUGAUGGAUAUCCCCCGCAAUUCAGGCCUUUUGACGCCGAAGGAGCUGGAGAUAACCGAGAAUUUCGACAUCCGCAGGCUUCUGUCCCAGAUGGCUGAAGGAAGAUCCAGUGCGGAGGAAGUCGUGAGAGGAUUCUCAAAGCGAGCCGCCAUCGCCCACCAAGUUACCCGGUGCUUAACCGAGCCUCUUUUUGAAAGCGCCCUACAGCGCGGCAAAGCACUGGAUGAGCAUCUUCAACGCACAGGGAAGCCAGUCGGCCCUCUCCACGGUCUUCCAGUGUCAGUAAAGGACUGUUUCCGAGUAAAAGGUGUUGACGCGAGCAUCGGCUUAACAGCGCUAGCAUUUAAACCUUCCACCCUUAACGCCCCGCUAGUCAACCUUCUACUCUCUCUCGGCGCAGUGAUUAUCGCCAAAACGAAUGUUUCUCAGGCUAUGGGUGCCCCAGAUAGCUGUAACCACCUCUUUGGCCGGACCCUGAAUCCGCUCAACCGCAAGCUCACCGCUGGUGGUAGCUCCGGCGGAGAGGGCGCCCUCAUCGCAAUGCGCGGCGCCAUGGUUGGUUUUGGGACUGACUUUGGAGGCAGCAUCCGCGUGCCUGCGAUGUGCAACAACAUUUACGGCUUCAAGCCGAGUGCCGGCCGGAUUCCGUUCGGUGGCCUGGAGAGUGGCCGGCUGCCAGGCCAGGACCGGAUUUCAAUGCAGGCUGUCGCUGGGCCGCUGGCAAGGUCCGUGGCGGAUCUGGGAGCCGUCAUGAAAGAGAUUGUCCCGAGAGCGGCACUGUUUAGUGGGGAUUGCAUUCCCAGUCGCUGGGAGAGAGAGUCUCCAUUAUUGCCAGAGAUCAGGUCGAAAGAGUUCACUGUUGGGGUGUUACGAACCGAUGGUCUGGUCACGCCUUUACCUCCUAUUGCGCGAGUCAUGGACGAAGUCGCCGAGUCUCUCCGUCGGGCUCCAGGUGUCCAGGUGGUCGAAGUCCCAACCCCUCCAGCCUUGAAGAAAUGCCAAGGGCUAGCAGGGCGUCUCAUGGGCGUCGACGGCGGUGGGACUACGUUGGAUAUUCUGGAUAGCACGAUGGAGCCGCUGAUCCCGUGGCUGGAACGUAGGAUGACGCGCAGGGAGGCGUUAUCGCUGGAGCAGCUGGCUCAGUUACAACACCAGCGAACGGUGGUUGAGCAGGAAUUGCUCGCAAUGUGGACAAUUGAUGGAGACUACACGAACCGAAUCGACGCGAUUAUUGCUCCGUUGGCACCCCAUCCUGUCCCGGAGAUUGAUCGGUACAACUCCAUUGGGUACACGUCCAGUUUUGUUCUUCUUGACUAUCCGGCCGGUACGAUCCCGGUGCGCCAUGUCCGGGAGUCUGAUCUCGAGAGCGGGAGGGAUAUGAAUUCUCCUAUUCUAGGGAGUUGGGAUAGGGUAAAUCGGGAACUGUGGGAUGAAAAAACGGUGGACCGUCGGGUCUACCUGGACUCGCCACUAAGCGUGCAGGUGGUGACACCAAAACAACAUGACCAUGAGCUCUUCCUGGCGAUGGAAAUUAUUGAUCGAGCUGUACGGACGUACCAAGAAGCGAUGGGUUAG